AUGGAGUUCACAGUUGACGUAGAACCCUGGACGGUGAACGUGGGACCGCCUGCAGCCUCGGGGGCUUAUGACUGCAUAUGUUCUAUUAAGCACCACCGAACCUCUGCUCCAGAUGUCUUCCCAUCCACAUUGUUCAGAGAUGGGGGUGAAGUCCUCAAAGGAGUUUGUCCCAGACAACUGGGGAGAGUAGGAGACAGUGCCCAUUUUCAAAAAAGGGCGCAUAGUGAGUGUGGCAAUCACAGGGGGAUCAGGUUGACUCCGAUUUGUUGGAGUACUAUUGCUUCCUCACCUUAUGGAUAUCGCGAUCUAGUGGGUAGCGACCUUAGUUGGAGCGCUUUCAUUCCGGAAAUUUACCAGUACUCCGUUGUUUCUAGCAAGAAAAAUCUUUCAGCUGUGGCACCAUUCCGGUGCAUAACCGCCAUGCCACCCCAAGGAAGCAUGAGGGCUGGGAUACUGUCAGGUUGCCCAAGCCUAGACAGGGAUAGUCGAGAGGUAGAGGUCGGGUUCGAGUCACGGACCUUCUGGUCAGUAAAUUCGCGCUCUUGGGCCAUCGCACCCUAUCAAGAAAGCUAUCAAAAAGAACUCACCGAAAAGGGUACACAACAGCUUUAUUCCAAACAAGUGAGUGCUUGUGCGUGUAAAAGUUACAACGGCUCCGCGCCAUUUGAAGGGGACUUUCUGACAUUGAUCCAGGCUGAUUGGUUGUGUCCGUCACUAAAACUUGGCGUGCUCCAUAACCCGAGAAAUGGCGAGGUGGCUCAGUGGUUAGAGCGCGAAUUUACUGACCGGGAUGUCCGUGGUUCGAACCCGACCCGCUCUGCCUCUCGACUUCCCCUGCCAAGACUUGGGCAACCUGACAGUAUCCCAGCCCUCCUGCUUCCUUCUGGUAGCAUGGCAGCUAGGCACCGAAAGGGUGGUACAGCUGAACGGGUUACAUCCCACUAA